GGUGCGCGGGCGCCGCUCUCACCGCCAGUCGCACCUGACGCGCCGGCACGGACUGCCGACACCACACACACACAGCUGUCGCGGACACUACAUUUAUUCGGAAUUCGGAACAGCGAAUUCGCAGUGAUAUACAAUUAUACAACUGGAUUUUUGUAUUAUUGAAAUAAAUAGUUUCGGUGUGCAAGGCUUGGGAUCCGAGUGAGAGUGGUGUGAGGAAAGUGAGUGCAGGCGGAGCAUGCGCUUGCGCUGAUAUUUUCACUUUCUACGCGACGGGACACUGCGCACCAUGAUUCCCGUAAUACGGCUAGGCGCCAUACUGUGGCUGCUCUGCGCCGCACUAGCAGAGGUCACAGAACAGAACAGUACCACCACGAAGGCUAUCAGGACAACCAUCCUACCCUCACGGACCACGAGGACAGAACUCAAAGUGUCCAGAAGCCUGAACCCUCUUGACACCACGACACUCAAUGUCAGAACGAAGUCAGGACAUGUCACACAGCUCAUUGUAAAGAAGAAGGAUAAGUCCACCACCUACGCCAGUAGCACUACUUCUGCGCCCACUACAGCCUCCCUCAGAACAACGGUAUCGAACUACAACUCUACAGAAGAGAACAAAAACAAAACCGAAAGCAGGGACCAAAGAAAAUUAAGCUUCAUGGGUGGAGUCAACAGCGACCUCGCUGGCUACGACUAUUAUCUGAAUCGCAACAAAAACCCUGAGGAACUAAGUGAUGUUAAAGCAGAAUAUGGCAACUGGUCUCCAGUGUCGGUAUAUCCCGAAUCCGUUAUCCAGGACGAUGGGAAAAAGCCUGAAGCUGACCCCGAAACUUCUAACUACUACCCCACGUAUGACAACGAGAAAAAGACUGAAAACAAAAAAGUUUACAUCACGUCAACAAGUCUUUUCGAUUACGGUGGACCCAUUAAGAGCUACAGGUUUGAUCCACAUAAUCCAGUCAUUAAAAACGACAGGAACCCAGUUUAUAUUGAAGUUGUGAGUACCAAAGUAUCUGAGGGAGAAGGAAAGACUUUCAAAGUACCAGACCCUGUCGUCAUAAACUCCGAAUCUAUGUAUAUUAAAAAGGCAAUCGAAAAGUUCAACAACAAGCGAGGCCGAUCUAUUUUAACCCUUGGCGAUGAUGGCAUCCCUGAAAUCCAAGGCGUAAGAAUGCCAGACGAUGAAUCCGAUAAGAAAACCUGGCGCAACGCAAGAGUUGUAAAUGGAGAGCUGCUCCCAUACCCCGAAGGCUACACUCCACCCAAAGCGAUCCCUGAAGCUGACGUGUACCCGGACGUCGCCGCCGCAGACCCCGCGCAGAGCUUCGGACCCUUCACAAAGGAAGAUAACUUCGAACCCAAAGACGGUCCCUUUACGAAAUUCGAUAACAUUAAAUUCGAAGCCUCUGACAGCGGUCCUUACCUAACGAGUGACAACACACCAUACUCGUACAAACAGAAAAAAGACAAUUACUAUCUCAAAUCCGGCUACGGUCCUUUCACUAAAGCUGAUAAUUCGAAAGUUGCUAACUCCAAACUCAUCGAGUAUAUUAAGCAGAUUAACGAACAAGAAUCCAAGCGUGAUUACUUCAGUGGACGCAGCUCGAGGUCGCACAAUGGUGACAUGGAAUUCGCUGAGAGCCACAUCCAGAGACGUAUGCUUCAGCACCCUGGAGAGGUCAGCUUCCCCAACUCCGCUAUGUACACGCCUAAGAAUGCCCGACCAGGCUUCGACGAGAGCGUCAGAAACCCUGUCCUGCAGUACGCGCACCCCGAGCUCGGAGUACAACCUGCGAAAGCGACCCGCGAUAACGUGGAGAAUUACGACAACAAAGAACGAAAAAUAAAAUACUACACGAAUAACAUACCGAAAAGCGCUCACCCCUACCCCAUGGAGCCAGUCAAUGGCUACGGACAGCAACGCUCUCAGUCCUCUAUUAACGCUAAUAAAUACUACGAAGAUGAAUACAACAAAUUCUCGUACUAUGAUCAUAGCUACAGCCCGAACCAAGGCGCCAGGUACCCGUACAACAACUACGCGUACAUUAAGCGAGUGCCCGAACCCUCUCUGUGGAAGAGGUUCACUGACUCCAUGAAGGACACAUUUAACAGCGCCAGCCAGACAGUUCAACAAUUUACCAAGCCCAUAAUGGACCCAAUUGCCAAAGUAGCACAGCCGGUGUUCGAGCCUAUUGUGGAGGCCACGCAAAAGAUUUCAUCCAACUUAGGCCUGUAUCCGUCAAAUUCAAUCCAAUCGCAGAGGUAUGCUCAAGACAAAAUUGGUGUAGUGGCAGCAGCUUCGGGUGCUCCUGGUAUGUUGCCAGCUAUCGGAUUGAUGGCAGGUGGAGCGGCUCUGGGACUCGGAGCAGUUGCUAUGGGCAGACUGUUAGACGUCAACCUGAUGCGCAGUGCUGGAUUGAGCGAGGAAGACAUUCAAGAGGAAAUAGAGAAAGAACAUAAGAGAUCCUUCGGUAGUGCCUACGACAUCGACAGGCAAAUACUUAGCAGUCAAAAGAUUUACGACGACAACUACAAGAUGCCAAGUGAAAACGUAUACGUUGUUAUGUCACCGGACGGUGAAACAACUCGUGCCAAGCGUGAUGUGUUGAAUUUCUUAAAGGAGCCAAGUUAUCAAGGCGUCCGCUUGAGGAGAGUGAAGCGGAAGCACCUCGUCAAGCGAUCACUGAACGAGGACCUGCCUGAUGACUUGCAGCGCCUGGACGGAGGCUCGAGCCCUUCGUCGCUGACGUCAGCAGCCCUGGACUUGGUGAAGCAGACUGACUGGAGAGACUCUCAGUGUGCAAAGUUCACGUUCUGCAAAGUGUUAACGUCACAACCUUCAGAUUCACUGUUCGCGAUGGAAAAGAAGAUGGAGUCGCUACUAAAGCUCAUCUCCCGCGGUGACGGCGCAAGCGCAGCAGUGGUGGCGCACCAGCUCGGUGACGUCAUGCAGGCCAGCAGAGACCACGACUGCCAUCGCUUCACCUGUGACCUGCACUAGAUCCUCAACCUUCUUACUGGCUCUCUCUGACACCUACCAUAACCAAUUUCAUAAAGAACUUUUUUAAGAAAAAAUGCUUGUGGUAAGGCAUGAGAGUGGCCCAUUCAUGUGAUCAAUUUAACGAAGUAUGUGAAAGGAUAAGCAUCAAGAUUUUGCAACUUAGCUUGAUUAAUUUUUAACAUUGUAUCAUUCAUGAGUCAAAGGCUAAGUUACAAAAUAAUUCUUGUUGAAACCCGGACGUUGAAAAUUACAAUGUUGUGGGAAGUGCUAGUUCCUCCCCCGGCAACCAGUGAAGCCAGUGAAAUGGAACUUUCAUACGUUUCAGUAACUUGUUACUUAUAACGAAACGUCAAUAACUUGUGAGAAUAGAUACCUUUUACACACAGUAAAAUUACCUAGAGAAGGUGUUCUGUGUGAAUUGGUAUAUCGCCCAAACAAUCUUUUAACUAGGUAUGGUCCAAAACUAGUGUUGGCAUUCGGCCCUGCACGCUGGUUGUGUAACUAAGGGUCGUCUACAGACAAUCAUAGUCUUUGAGUCACAAUGUACUAUCAUUGUCAAAUAAUAUAAUCAAUCCUUCAAUUGUUUUGUAGGAUGUAUUACACUUGAAUCUAAGUACACACUACGAGAUAGGUCUAAUCAUAAGAUUUCCAUGUAUCAUACGUUUAUAAUAGUCAUCCAUCAUCAUCACUGAUCAUCCGAUGCACUAUCAAAUUGGUAUUUAUUGGAAACAUGACAGCUGACACAGUGUCAUCACUGAUUACAAAUUAUUUAUUUUUAUUUAUUCUUUAGUUUUAAAUUUAGUCGUAAUAACAUUAUAGUUAGGGUUCACGGGUGAGAGUCACAGUUUAUUUAUUAGACAAAUAUGCGACCGAAUAGAUUGUCAUAAUCCAUUCGUCGGCCAUGAUAUAAAUAAACUUAGUGACGUUUAUUGUAAAUAGAGCUUACAGAACCGAGACGAGUUGAAAUCGCGUGUCGAUGAUAUAAUCGGUCGGCUCGAGGCUCGCCUUACUGAGUGACUACACGCCAUCAGCCAUAUAACGAGUGGUUCCUACAUCUAUUGUCAACAUCACCUGGCGACUUCACAAUCGUAUUUAUUGUUACCAAAUAAAUGUUUUUGUCAAACGGCAAUUCUAUCGUAAAUUAUUAUUUAUUUUAGUUAAAUUAUUUAAAUUAACUAUUUAAUCGAUUAGACAUUAUUUAUUUGAGUGGUUCAUUGAAAUUGAUAUCGAUGCUGAUGCCACACUGAUUGCUACAAAUGACGGAAUCUAAAAUUAAAUACGAAUGUAUGGCCCUCUAAAUACACAAGCUAAGAGCAAGGUUUUACGAGCUCCUGAAGCUUCAGAACUCAGUUGCAAAUGAGUUUUUAGCUUCAUACAUAAUAACUCGUUUUUAAGUUCAAUAUCAUCGUCGAUAUAUUUCUUAGUGGUAUCAAACAUUUCAUCUCUAACUUGCAUAACAUUUUAUUAACGUUUAAUCUAUAGAUGGCGCAAUAAGUUGUACAUAAUGCUUUUACAAACAAUGUAAAUUAUUUAUUUAUUUUUAUACGAAUAAAAUAAAAAUUGAAAAUUA